AGACGGCAGCGCUACCGUAAAGCAGAAGCCGGGGCCGCUUGUGAGGAGGCGGCUUGUCCCCUGCGGGAGCUUGUCAUUGGAGGUGGCGGGCCCGAGCCGGGCGGUGCUGUUUUUCCCUCUGCUUCCCCACACAACUUCCCUCCGCCAUGGCGGCGGCGCUGGCUCGCAAGGCCGUGGACUAUGUGCGCAGCAAGGACUUCAGGGACUAUCUCAUGAGCACUUCUGGGGGCCAGUAGCCAACUGGGGACUCCCUAUUGCUGCUAUAAAUGACAUGAAGAAAUCGCCAGAGAUCAUCAGUGGUCGAAUGACAUUUGCACUUUGCUGUUACUCGCUGACUUUCAUGAGGUUUGCAUAUAAGGUGCAGCCCAGGAACUGGUUACUGUUUGCUUGCCACUUUACCAAUGAAGGCGCACAACUUGUCCAGGGAGGGAGAUUGAUCAAGUACAAUCUCGAAAAAAAGAAGUGAGUAUCUGUUUAAUGGGAAAAAAAGAAGGUGCUCUUCACAGAUGAAAACCGAAGAAGGUCUUGACCACCCACAAAUGUUGAAUAUCCCGUUGUUGCAUUCUCAUUGUUAUGAACGCAUUCAUGCCAACAAUUAAUGUCAUCCAUGCACUAAAUUUUUUAACUUGUCUUUUAAAAAAACUUAGCAGUUGAAAAGGUUACAUUGAACACUUUGCCUUACAAGUACUACAUUGUUAUUUUUCUGUUUAUGAAAUUCAAAUGCACAUCAGUUUGUUUGUGAAGGGUAAGAAUAACUGUCACUUAAUUUGGAGAGUUUGUUAAAUCUUGCAAAAGAAGUGUGUAUUUGGAGGCCAGGUAUAUGCAUUCAGCAACGGAGGUUCUGUCUCAAGCACAUUGGCAUUACUGUAGUUGCAUUCUAGAAUGCCCAUUCCCGGAUGUUGCUGCAGUUAAAAAUACCUAACAGGCUUCCAGAUCAUCAAUCCAGCACUUAUUGAAAGUGGGUACUUACCAACUAACAGCUCUGAGGUUGCUAAUUUGAACACGUGUCUGCAUACCCACACACCCAAGCUUUUAACUCUGAUUCUGUAAGUUUUAGAUCAUUUUUUCCCUCAUAGCAGUCUGCAACCAAGUUUCUUAUUGUUUAUGGUUUAGACAAACCCUAAGGUGGUAUGGAGUGGGGAAGGAGGAUUCUUGCAGGAAUAUGUUCCUCCUCAGGUGUGUUGGAUAUAAUGUUUGUAUAGGGCCUGCUGUAUAAAUUGCAACAUACGUAGGCUUGAAACAUGAAGCAAUUUCAUGGGUCCUAUGUGAAUUAAAAACUGCAUGUUUUGGAACAAUGUGCAAUGGAAUGUUUGUAUUUUGGCCCACUAAGAAAGUGCCAUCUGAGUGUGACUAUCUGAAGUUAAGUAUGCUCUGUAGGAAGAGCAUCUUAAUCCUUUAUCUCCUUUCUUAGAGUUUCUCAUUUAUUCCUAAACACUCUGAGUGUUGUAAAUGUGUUCUAAAUCUAUAUUGUCUGCCUCCUGGAGAUCUGUUAAAGAUUCCUUGUGAACUUUAAUUGAAACAAGAAAUAUCACAGAAAUGACUGGUCUUUGGGGGAGAAAAAUUUGGAGGUGUUUAACUUUUACAAUUCUUGCAAAUUGGCAUUCUGAUUACUUCUUUCUAGAAAACAUGUCUUGCAUUGGCAGCUGUAAAACACCAUGUACAGAAUGUAUGCAACAAUUUUGUUUGCAGUGCAACAACUUUGAGAGCAUUAAAUGGUCCCACUAGGGAGAGGGUAUUAUAUGAAAAUUUUAAUCAAACUCAAGGCAAUAAAAUAUUUUGAGGGAAUUGUGUGAUCAUUUUCAAUAUAGUUAAUAAAUGGAAUUUAAUCUGCGUUACCGAAUUAUGCAAAAAACUACAAUUUGUGGAAAGUACUUGAAGGAUAGGAUUUCUUGAGUUUAAUGUAAUGACCUCUAAAUUAGUAUUAAUAAAUUGGUAAAAACUAAA